AUGUCGCUCAACAUUAUUGUUCCGCACUUCUUUCUGCCGCAAAGCUCUGUCAAGCUGGCCCGCUUCAUCACGAAUAUUGAUCAUCCACACCAGAGCUUUCACGAUCCUCUGUACACCGAAACACCAAAGCCCGCCGUUUCGCCCCGCGAGGCUUUCGUCGGAUUGAACCACAAAAGCAGCAAUGCUAGCUUCGCAUCUGCACUCACGUCUCUUAUGUCGGCAGGAUUUUCGAAGCGUGCUAAGGCUCAGGUGAAGAUCACGGCAGAAUGCGUCAAGACCCACACGCUCGACAAUUCCGACGAGUGGUUCAACAAAGCCAUGGAAAUUCUAGCCACCAAGACCUGGAUCGAGAGACAGGUAGACAGAGGCCAUGACAUAUACAUGAUCGUGGGAUUUCACACAAUCACGAAUGCCCGCAUUGUCGAGGAAUUCGUCCAUGGGAUAGAUGUCGGCGGCCAAAUCCACGUCCCUGUCAGCCUCUCUCUUGCUGCAUUCGGCGUCGUCGCGCCUCUCGGAGAGAUCAUUGAUCCUUCAGUCGGGGGGAACAAUGAUUGCGUUGACAACACGCAAACCUCUUUCAGGGCGCCGGGCGAACAGGUCUGCGCUUUCCAGUACCGCAAAAUCCGGCAUCGGUGGUUGUCCAGCAAAAGUGCCGAUACCUUUCGGCUCUCCAAAUCGCCUCGGUGGUCCUCCGUUGAGAGGGGCAGGGACGAGGAAGAUGGCGAAGAUGACAUUAUUAAAGUGGAGGCGACACCACUGUCUGAGGGGGCCAUUGACGGAGAGUGGGACAGGAUGGACGCGCCAGGGGGGGAGAUUCUACUGAUCCGCGCGGGAGAAACAGAAGAAUAG